UGUCAUUGAAAAAGCUAAGAAUUUAUUCGUUUUCAUAUUUUUCUCGUUUUUAAGAGGUUUCUCACGGCUAAAUAAUUUUCAAAACCUCUCGAAAUUAGGAUUACGAUGAAUCAGUUUUAAAUUCCCUAUUGAACAGAUCCAAAAUGACAACUCCAAAGGAAAUCGUUGUGAAAGCCAUUGAGGAAAAUAACGUCGUGAUUUUCUCCAAAAAAAGCUGCCCAUUCUGCAAAAUGGCAAAAGACGUUUUCAAAAAAAUGGAUGCAAAAUUCGCCGCUAUCGAAAUCGACGAUAUGGACGAAAUGAGCGACAUUCAGGAUGUCCUGGGGGAAAUGACCGGUGCAAGAACUGUACCCAGAGUUUUUCUUAAAGGAAAAUUCAUCGGAGGAGGCUCCGAUGUUAAAAGUCUCUACGAGAGUGGAGAACUCGUGAAGAUGCUUUAAUUUUUUUAAGAAAAAGAAUUUAAUGUUGAACUAAAUAUUUUAUUUUUGACGCAAAUAUGUAACAAUUUCGUGUUGUAAAAUAAAUCUUUCUUUGUAAAUUA